GUAGCCAAUAAGCCUCUUGGCAUUGGAGCCCCUGGAACUCCAGGACUCAUGGGACCACCUGGACCACCAGGACCAGCAGGUCCUGCUGGAGAAGCAGGACCCAGAGGUCUCAUGGGGCACAAGGGGCAUCAAGGAUACUACGGUCUUCCUGGAAAACCUGGAGCCAAAGGUGAUGCAGGACUAAAAGGUGACAAGGGAGAUAAUGGAAUUGGAAUUCCAGGAAUUCCCGGAGAACCCGGACCUCAAGGAGCAGCUGGCAAGCCUGGCAUCGGUAAGGACGGUCAGGAUGGGGUCAGAGGAGAGGCCGGUGUGCCUGGGACCCCGGGAACCCCUGGAGCCAGAGGACCUCCGGGCGCCCCUGGUCUUUGUGAUCCUUCACACUGCUUUAGGCCUCAGCCUCUUUACAUGGUUGGCGGGAAGAAGUCUAUCAACUUCAAGGGUCCAUGAACAGAAAGAAAGAAACCUUCUAGAAAUCUUCAUCACAGAAAUCAUCAGCCAGUUCAUUUCUGAAACUUCGAAUGGUGAGCAGACGGUGAGAGAAACAAAGGUGACAGAUGUAUAGAGACAUACGGAUGCAGCUCCUGAUGGUGGAUCCAAUUCACAUUCUUUUGUUGUACCUUGUACAUAAACUAGAAGUAAAUGUGUUUGUUCUUUCAGAUGGUUUACAGUAAAUCGCAGAUUAAUAAAUUAAUUGGAAAUUGAUGUUUCAGUUCCUGGGCCACAAACUGGUAUAAUCGAAAAUUUCCAGACCACUACAUGCCAUAGAAUAAAAAUUCUGCAAGUGUUUAUUUUUUUUAUUUUUUUUUACAUAUAUAUUUUUUUCAUCAAAUGUGAUUGUAAAGACCAAUUUUAGACAUGGUGCCAGACAUUAAGCUAUGCCAACA